AUGCCCGACGGCACGCCUCCCCACGUGCCUGUAUUGAAACGACCACUCGAAGUAUAUGAAAACUUCGACCUCCUGGCGCGCGUUAAGGUCGACUUUGCCGACCUCGAGGUCUCCAAGUGGCGGAGCAGAGUGACCGGACUCGGCGUUGUCCAUAUUGAUUGCGACACUCCUUUGGUAAAUGGGCAGUUCACGCUCGCCACGGAGGCCUUUGACGAUAAAGGAUGCCCGCAUACAUUGGAACAUCUCAUCUUCAUGGGGUCCGAAAAGUACGAAUACAAGGGCGUUCUCGGGAAUCUCGCCACUCGCUCGUUCUCUACUGGAACGAACGCAUCCACUUACGUCGACCACACAACUUACACCAUCUGUACCGCCGGCGAACAGGGCUUCUUGCAGCUCCUGCCCGUCUACGUCGACCACAUCCUGUAUCCCACUCUCACAGAUGCUGCGUUCCUCACCGAAGUGCACCACGUAGACGGCAACGGGACCGACUCUGGUGUUGUCUACUGUGAAAUGAAAGGGUGUGACAACACCCUCAGCGAUCACCUCGACCGACUGCUCAAUCCUAUUGGGAGCGCGUACCGUAGCAAGACCGGUGGACGCGUCGAAGCCUUGCGUCAGCUGACGGUUGAAGAAGUUCGGGAAUACCACCGUCAAUACUAUGUCCCACACAACCUCACCCUCGUCGUCACCGGGAAGCUCACAUCUGGAACAGUAUCUCUCCUAUCUGUUGUCCAGAACGAGAUCGAGCCCAGCAUCAUCGCCCAUGGUCAAGCACACGGCCCGUGCCCGGAUGGUUGGAUCAGACCCUUCCUGGAGACUCCAACCGCCGACCGCCCAACUUUCACCGAGACGGUCGUUGAGAUGAUCGAUUUCCCGGAGAAGGAUGAGACCGCAGGCGAAGUUAAGAUUGGUUUCCGCGGUCCUCCCCCUCUGGCUUUUCUGGAGCGGGGGGCACUGCGUAUGCUUCAUACAUACCUCUCCGGCUCGCCCAUUGCGCCGCUGAACAAGGAAUACGUUGAGAUCGAGAAGCCGUUGUGCACUGCCAUCUCGUUCUAUAUCUAUGAAUUCGCGAGCGCGUGCGACCUCCUCGUCAAUGCCAACGCGGUGCCAACGGAACACCUUGCGGAUUUCGACAGGCUGUUGCGCGCGAGUCUUGCGCGAAUUGCGGACGAAGGGCUCGACAUGGAACGCAUGGAACGCGUGCUCGCGCGGGAAGCGCGGGAAGCGCGCAACAGCCUGGAGUCGAACCGUGGAGGAUACUUCCUCGAGGAGGUGGCCACCGACGUGCUCUAUGGCGCGCCUGACGGUUCGGACCUUGCAGGUUCUCUGGAUCAGAUGACCAUGCUCAAGACACUAAAGACGUGGACCAGCGAGCAAUGGGUCGCAUUGCUACGAAAGUACUACGUGGACCCGCAUUACGCCGCGAUCCUCGGACGGCCUUCCAAGGACGCGGCUGACAGGCUACACAGAGAAGAAGCGGCACGCGUCGAAGACCAGCAGGAACAACUCGGCGACGACGGCCGUGCCGAGUGCGCUCGCAAACUCGAUGAGGCGCGCGAGUGGCUCGAACGCCCGAUCCCCGAGGAGAUCAUUACCGCGUUUCCUGUCCCCGACAUGGACCGCAUUGCGUGGCUGAAGGUGCAAAGCGCGCGCGAAGGCCCGGAAACAUCGACGUGGCGGACAGAGCCAGAGAAGUCAGGAGAGGAAGCAAGCGCGUCGGAUGAGCCGCCACUGCCUCGGGCUGCGCGCGAGUAUGUCGAUGGGAGUGUCCAGGGCAACCAGGAGCUCGCGCGUCACGUUGCUGCCAGCGGCGUGCCGCUGCCCUUCAGCGUUGACUACGAGCAUGUCAAGUCUGACUUCAUCAUCAUCAACCUCUACCUCUCGCUCGCACACCUCCCCUCCCGGCUCCGGCCCUACCUAUCACUAUACCGCGAUUACGUUGUGCGUGGACUCGAAACGGACACAGCCUCAUUCUGGAUGAACACGAACUCCUUCGGCGACACGCUACGCGUGGGUGUCACCGUCGAGCGUGACAUGUACAAGGCUGGCGUUACAUGGCUCAGGGAUGCGUUGUAUGAAUGCGAGUUCGACGUGUCUAGCGCAGCAACGAUUGAUGCAUAUCGGCGCGACGGCUCCUCGGUGCUGGUCUCGACGUAUAAUCAGACCCUCUACGACGAGACACUGUGCCUUAACACGGAUGCGGUUCUGGCGCAGGUGGAAUUCCUGCCCAAGGUGAUUGCACAGCUGAAGGAGGAGCCAGAGGAAGUUGUCAAGAUCUUCGAAGAGAUACGCAACCAUUUGAACGAUACGAAUAGCCUCCGGGUGUCUGUCCUCGGGGACAUUUUGGGUACCCCUGAGCCUCGGAAGCCGUGGAUGGAGGCUUUCGCUGAUUCUUGGAUGGUCCCGUGCGGCUCCACGGCCGAACUUGCUGCCAUCCGCCUCUCGCGAGAGGGGUGCAGCGUACUAGGAAACCAGCCGUCCAAGACGGGUAUCGUUGUCAGUCUGCCGACGGUCGAGAGCACGUUCGCUUACGUGAAAUCGAUACGAGGGUCUGGGCUGGCGUACGGCGCGUACUGCUGGGCCGACCAAGAGGAUGGGUUCUUGGCCCUUGACUUGUACAGGAGCACGAACGUCGUCGAAGCAUACCAGCGAGCCGCAAAGAUCAUCGCCGACCUCGCCGACGGCACGGUGCCCCUGAGCGACAUCCUGCUCGACUCGGCCAAGAGCAGCGCUGUGUUCCAGACCGUCAACUCUGUUUCGACUCCGGGAUGUGCCGCUUUCAGUUCGUUCAUCAACCUGUCGCUCAAGGGCGUCCCACGAGAGCACAAUCGCACGGUGCUCGACGAGUGCCUGCGCAUGACACGCGAAGAUGUCGUUGGCGUCCUCCGCAAGUACUUCCUCCCGCUCUUCGACUCGGCGUCGUCCCUCGUCAUCGCCGUCACCGGGCCGAACAGCGUUGGGACUAUCGCGGGCGCGCUGGAGGAGAGCGGGUUUGAGGUCCAACGCCGGGUGGUAACCUGUGGUGGCGUUGGAGGAGAGGAUCAUGAGCAAGCUGUCUCUUGA